GUGUCUUUGUGUCCAGUGUUGUUCUGGUCUUACAACAGCGAGCACUUUUCAAGUUUUACAUGAUCACCUCGGCAUUUCUGCUGGCUGCAACUUCAGUGUUGGUGAAUUACUAUGCUUCUUUGCACAUAAACUUCUACAGUGCCUACUACACAGCCGCGUUUGGAAUUCAGAUCUUCCCUCACAAAGGACCUUCACUAUGGAUGGCACUUUCCAUCCUUCAGCUCACCUUUGGAAUUGGAUAUGUUACAUUGCUAAAUGUGCAGUCCAUAUACUCUCAACUCAUCAUCCUGGAUAUACUGAUUCCUGUAAUUGGCUUGGUUGUUGAACUACCGUUAAAUGUCCGGCAGAUACUAGUUUUUAUUUCAGGCCUAGUUCUGACACUAAAUACCACAGCCAUUUUAGUUAUGAAAAUUAAAUGGUUCUAUUAUUCGGUACGAUAUGUUUAUCUGCUGGUGAGGCACAUGUAUCGCAUUUAUGGAUUACAGCUAUUGAUGGAAGAUACAUGGAAAAGGAUUCGGUUUCCAGCUGUACUGCGUGUUUUCUGGCUAACGAGACUUACAGCACAAGCUGUGGUAUUAACAUACGUUGUAAAGAUGGCUGAAACUAACACAGAAGAAAAAUUCUUCUUGCUCUCAUGGGAUGACUGUUGGGAACUCAUUUGCAGUCUGAUCAUAAGUGGGUGUGACUCUACUUUAACUGUGUUAGGCAUGAGUGCUGUCAUUUCCUCAAUAGCGCAUUAUUUGGGACUCGGUAUCUUGGCCUUCAUUGGAUCAACUGAUGAGGAUGACAAAAGGCUUGGUUUUGUAGCGCCUGUCUUGUUUUUCAUUUUGGCUUUGCAGACUGGUUUAAGUGGACUGAAACCAGAAGAACGAUUGGUUCGCCUGAGUCGAAACAUGUGCCUUUUGUUGACUGCAGUCCUGCAUUUUAUCCAUGGAAUGACAGACCCUGUGCUGAUGUCUCUCAGUGCCUCCCACGUGUCAUCAUUUCGCAGACACUUCCCUGUACUGUUUGUUUCCGCUUGCCUUUUCAUCCUUCCAGUUCUGCUCAGUUACAUCCUCUGGCACCACUAUGCACUAAAUACGUGGCUUUUUGCAGUUACAGCGUUCUGUGUAGAGCUUUGCCUGAAAGUAAUAGUUUCUAUCACUGUUUAUAUACUGUUUAUGAUUGAUGGCUACUAUAAUGUGCUAUGGGAAAAACUUGAUGAUUAUGUCUAUUAUGUUCGUUCAACCGGCAAUAUUAUUGAGUUUAUAUUUGGAGUAAUCAUGUUUGGAAAUGGAGCUUACACAAUGGUUUUUGAAUCGGGAAGCAAGAUUCGUGCUUGCAUGAUGUGUCUACAUGCAUACUUCAACAUCUACUUGCAAGCAAGGAAUGGCUGGAAGACUUUUAUAAGUCGCCGGACUGCUGUUAAGAAGAUAAACUCGCUUCCAGAGGUAAAAGGAAGUCGGUUAAUUGAAAUAGAUGAUGUCUGUGCAAUCUGCUACCAUGAGUUCACCACCUCUGCUCGCAUUACUCCAUGCAACCAUUACUUUCAUGCACUUUGUCUCCGGAAGUGGCUGUACAUUCAGGACACUUGCCCGAUGUGCCAUCAGAAAGUGUAUAUUGAGGACAAGGAAAAUGCCAGUGUCUCUAACAACAACGGGUUUGUGGCACCAAAUGAAAAUCCUGUACAAGUUGCAGAGGAAGCUGCUGAUGCUGAAAAUGAAUUAAAUGAAGAUAAUGACAGUUCCGAUAGUGAUGAGGAAGAUGGAGACUGUGUGGCACAGCACUUGAAUGCUACUCUUAAUGUUGACUCUAACUCUCUUGGUGAUUAAGAUAUCCUUUACUAAGCCGUGAGGUAUUUGUUUAAGAUUGACUUCAACAGAAUAAAAUAAAAGUAUCACUUUGUAGUUAUUGUACUUAAGCACAACAGCAGUAUCUCAAUGUUGAGUCUGUGAAUGGUGGUCGUUUACUGUGGUGUGUGCUACUGUAAAUAUACCUCUAAUUUUUGCUGGUCUCUUUCAUGACCACCUUAAAAUUAUGUACAUUAUUGUACAUGGAAUAAAAUGUUUUCACAUGUUU